AUGCUACGUAAUUUGAGGUUAACUGGCGAGAUGGUCUUCAUGUUUGAGCAAACUGUUGAAACAGAAAUGGGUCCUUAUCGGAGAAAAUCAUCUCGUCAAUCAUGGAGUGAACAGAAUAUGAAAGAAGCUAUUCUCGCGGUUCGUGGUAAGAAAAUGGGUUGGCUCCGAGCGUCGAAAAUAUAUUCUGUACCAUCCACGACACUACGUCGACAAGCGAAAAUUGCAGAUGGCUGGAGAAAGGGUUACCUAGGCGGUCGUAAAAGCACGUUUGAUAAAAACUUAGAAGAUGAAAUUGUCGCCCACGUAAAAAAUCUAGAAACUAGAUUAUUUGGUAUGUCUACAAAUGAUAUACGAAAACUGGCUUAUCAAGUGGCCGAAGCAAAAGGUUUAUCACAUAAAUUUUCUGCAGCUAAAGAAAUGGCCGGCUGGGAUUGGUAUAAAGGUUUUAUGCAACGAAAUCUUUCAUUAUCGUUAAGAACACCAGAAGCUACUUCGGCUGCACGCGCCAGAGCCUUUAAUAAACCCCAAAUAACAAAAUAUUUCAAAUCUUUACUUGAAACCCUUGAAAAGUAUGACUUCCAACCAAAUCAAAUAUGGAACGUCGACGAAUCGGGCUUGUCAACAGUGCCAUCUAAAAAUGCAAAAAUUAUUGCUACCAAAGGUAGGAAGCAGGUCGGCAUAUUGAGCAGCGCAGAACGAGGACAACAUCUUACCGUUGUGUGUUGUAUGAAUCCACUAGGCAUAUAUAUUCCCCCAGCUUUCAUUUUUCCAAGGAAAAAUAUGAAGCAGGAAUUGUUGGAUCACGCGCCCACAGGUUCAACAGGUUUUACUCAAGAAAAGGGGUGGAUGACUGGAGACAUCUUUUUGAAAUGGCUAAAGCAUUUUGUCAAAUAUGCAAAGCCCACAGAAGAGGAACAAAUUCUGCUUUUAGUCGACGGCCACGGCAGCCACAAAGACUUGAACGUUUUGAACUACGCAAAACACCAUGGAAUUAUAAUGUUUUGUUUUCCUCCCCACUGUACUCAUAGAGUGCAGCCUCUUGAUGUGAGUUUUUAUGGGCCACUCACUAGUUUUUACAAUCAAGAACUCAUCAGUUGGUUAAGGAAUCAUCCUGGAAGGGUCAUAACACAUUACCAAGUAGCAGAAAUAUUUAAAACAGCUUAUAAUAAAUCUGCGACGAUAGAAAAUGCUGAAAAGGGUUUUGCUGCAACAGGAAUAUAUCCGUUUAACAGUGAAGUAUUUCCCGAUUGGAUGUUUACUCCAUCAGAGGUUACAAAUGUUGAUUUAAGCGACAAUGAAACUUCCUCACAAGGAACUGAAAAUGCUGAACAAAUUCGGCCUAGCACAUCUGCAACGUCACAGUUAUCAGAAACACUAGAAAUAACAAAGUCUCCCAAUAAGGACAUUUCCAUUGAAGACAUAUCAACUUUACCUAUUGCUGAACUUGCCAAAAAUAAAAAGAAAAGAAGAAAAGGCAAACAAGGUGUGUUAAACGACACGCCAAAUCUUGAGGAAGCUAAAAAAGUUGAAUCCGAAAAAAAAAACAAACAGAAAAACUCGCAGAAAACUGCGGUUCGAAGAGUUACUAAAAAUUUAUAUUUUGGAGAAAGUGACGAUGAACGUUUAGAGACUGAUGAUGAAGACGAUCCAGCGUGUAUAUUUUGUAAUGAAUUAUACACUGUUUCCAAAAGUGGCGAAAUGUGGAUUCAAUGUCCCAGUUACCCCUCAAAAAAAGACGCUUUGGAUAAGUGGGCCCCUCUUCAACUCGUGAGGGUGUACGAAACAAAGACUCAUAAAGGAGCAGAUAGAGAUGGGUACACCACGGAAAUAUUACAAGAGGCUGCACAGACUGUAAAAGUAAAACAAUGA